AUCGAAAAGAGCAUAUUGUCAAGUCAAGCAUCCUGAUUCUCGGAUAUUAUUUUUACAAUGCCUCAGUACACGAAAGUCGUUGGAUUGCCUCCUUUGAAGUACAAUUGGGGUAAAGCGUAUCUCAUCCGACCAGUGGACAAUAUCAUCUCUCAUCCGGACGCUCUGCUGAAGCGGCCUUUCAGACCAUCUUUUGAAUACGAUGGUGAUCCCAAUAUAGCUUGUUUGCUUCGAUAUGAUUACUUCCGGAUUUGGAAACAAGAGCACUGCGCGUAUCAAGCCUGUAAAUGUAAGCCUAGAAAACAACCGAUCAAGAAAUUCUCGCCUUACAGGAAAAAGCCAAUUAAAGCUACAUAUUGUGGUGGAAAAUGUGCAAAUGAUUCGAAGGAUAAAUGCCGUUUUAUAAUGAAAAAAUUCCAAGGCAUUCCUGCCAAAGUCGAUAAUCAUGGGGUUGAUGCGAGCAUGAAAUGUCAAGAAAAACCAAAUUGUUGCGCGCUAUCAAUUCCAGUUGGAUGCUAGAAAAAUUGUUUCUGAUCGAGCAAAACUAGUUGAAAUCAAAUUUGUUCAAUGUUUUCGUAAAUCUAAUAAAUGCAUAUUGUUGUUAUUA